UAACGAAACGACAGGUUAAAUUCAAACAAGAAGAUCAGGAAUGGCUUAUCAGUGAUAACGAAAGUAAUGAAUCCGUUUUAGUUGCACACAUUACAAAAUAUUUCACUUUGACCACUGAAUAAAGUUAAGCCCUACGAGAUGAAUAAGAGUAGAGCUCCGAAGAAGCCGAGGUCGGCAGGAAGCAACAUAGACCAACUCGGGAUUUUCGCCAUGCCUGACUUCGAAGGAGAUGAUGACGGCGAAGAAGUAGACGACGAUCUGGAGGCCGAGCUGGACGCGAUUCUUAACACUGGAGGAGGAAGGCCUAAACCUAAACCAAAACGUGAUAGUCUUCUUUCAUUACUUAAUGAAGACACAAUUGAUGUAGCCUCCGGAAGUAUUUGUUUUCAACUAUCCCAAGUACCGUCUAAUUUGGAAAAAAUGGUAGCUGAGAGUUUACGAGACAUUCCUUCUGAUGAAGAAUUGUCUGGAGAUGAAAACGAUCCAGAAUUGCUUGCUGAGUUUAAUUCUGUCUUGGGUGAAGAACCAGUCGAUAAACCAGAAGAGAAACCACAAGUGAUGGCACCAACUUUUCAAAGCCAAGAUUUUGUUAAAAUUAUUACAGAACGCAUUGAAAUGUACAAACAGGCAGAGAACAACGCUAAGACUGUCGGUGACGUAUCCAAAGGGAGGAGACUUGCACGAGGCUUAAAAACUCUACAAGACCUAUUGCAAAAGGCAAAAUCAGGUUUUGCAAUAAAAGAAAGCGAUAUCCCAUUACCAGUGAGUGUUACAGCUUUAAAGCCAAAAGUUGAAGAUCCUCCCCAGUUAUUCGAACCAUUACCUAUUGAUGGAGACGGGUCAGUAGAUUCAUCGGUAAACUCUCAGCCUCUGUCUCCUGUAGACAGUAAUGAAGCACCUCUUAUAGAUCUAAAAGAUAACAGUCCUACCUCAGAAAAUACUGAAUUGUUAAAUACUUUAAGUGAAAGAAAGGAACAGUAUAAAAUUGCUGCUGUUGUAGCAAAAAAGAAUGGUGAUGUGCAAACUGCCCUUUGUUAUGUAAAAAUUGUUAAGCAAUUUGACAAUGUGAUAGCUGCUGUUAAAUCAGGACACACUGUUGAUUUAAGCAACAUGCCUGGACCCCUAACUUCUCAACAAAUGUCCCCACAGCCAAACAUAAACGAAGCUCCAACACCUGCAGUCCCGAAAGUUCAUUCAGAACCAGAACCAGUAUCAGAACAGCCUUCGGAAAGUGAAGCUCCAGAAGGACCAAAAGUGCCAGAAACCAUUUUAGAAGCUCUUGAACAAAGAUUGGCAAAGUUUAAAGAGUCUGAAGAGGCGGGCAAAAAAGACGGGAAUGCAAGUAAAGUUCGGCGAAUCGGAAGGAUAAUAAAACAAUAUGAAGAUGCAAUUAGGCUCCACAAAGCAGGCAAACCUUUCCCAGUUGAAGAUUUGCCGACCCCACCUGGUUUUGCACCUAUCCCAGUGGGUCCUCCAGCUGCUCCAGUAGCUCCCGCAGUCCCCAGUUCUCCACAUCCUUCAAAAACAUCCAUCUCCAUUCCACAUCCGUCAAUAAUGGAUACACCAGUACCACCUGUCGCACCUAAAAGUCCUGUACCUACACCUAAGGCUCAUAGAGCUGCACCUCCACCGCCUGUUUCUCCAGUGGCACCAUCAACGUCUAGUCAUGGAGGGUCUGUCACUCGUCAAGAAAAGCAACUAACAAUUUUGAAGUUGAAACAAAAACAGUUUAAGGAGGCAGCAAUAAAGGCAAAACAAAAUGGGAAUAUUGAAUUGGCUAAAGAACUUCUUCGUAAAAUGAAAAACUUUGAUCCUCUUAUAGAAGCUACUAUAAGUGGCCUACCAGUCGACAUGUCCACACUUCCAGCACCUCCAGGAAGUCAAGACUCAAUUGAAAAAGAGUUUGAAGUGAUCAAUCUGUCAGAUCUCCCAAUAGGUACAACUUCUGAAAUUUAUAACCAACUCAUUACUGAUCUUCAAAUUCAAAUUAAGACGUGCAUGGAAACCAGAGCUCACUACAAGGCCAUGGGAGAAGUGGCGAAUGCAAACAGAUUCGAAAAUUUAGCCGUGGACACAAAAAAAGACUUGGAUACUGUGAAAAUUGCCUGCAACAAAGAUGACCCUGUGCCGAGGUUCCAUUAUGAAAUGAGAACGUUUUCAAUUGUUAGAUGUAAUAUUGAUUUAACGGACAAUGAUUUGGAACUAACAAUCAUGCAAGGGAUAAAUUAUAAUGUUCUAAAUCCAAAAGAAAUCGACACUUACGUCCGCUAUGAAUUUCCUUAUCCAACAGAUGAUCCCAAAAAAGAUAAAACAUCGACUGUAUAUAACACAAACAAUCCUGUUUAUGAUACAGUGGUGAUGCUAGCUAUCCAAAGAACAAAUCGUGCCUGUCAAAGGCUGUUUAAAAGGCAUAGCAUUAAAUUGGAGGUGUGGUCAAAAGGGUGUGUUUUGAGUGCACUUUGUGGUAUGUGUACUAAGGAUUCUGGCGUUGUAAGCGGAUUUUUAAGGAGUGACGUUCUAAUAGGGACGGUCAAUGUAAAACUUUUUCCUCUGGAAACAAAAUGUACAAUACAUGAUUCUUUUGAUUUGAUGAAUGGAAAGAAAGUUGUUGGUGGAAAACUGGAAGUUAAGAUACGAUUGAGGCAUCCUAUUAUUGCAAAGCAAGUUGAACAAGUGCGAGAGAAAUGGCUUGUUAUCGAUUAAAUCCACUAACACAUAAUUUACUAUUAAUACACAACAACCGUGAUAAAAAUAUUUUAAAAAAUAUAUAAGAGUUAAUUACUGCUCAUUACCAUUUUCAAUUCAAAGCAAAACAUUAUAAUAAUAUGUACAGUGUAAUUUUUUUAACUGUUCUAUUUAUAGAGAUGAAAAUACAUGUUUGUUGAUGUACUUUAAAGCAGCAAGUGCCUGAUAAAUAAAUGUUUUAACACAUUA